AUGGGAGAAAUAUUUACAUCCAUCUGCCCCGCCCAGGCCAUCACCAUUGAAGCAGAGACUCGCGCCGACGGAAGCAGGAGGACGACUCGCUACGACAUCGACAUGACCAAGUGCAUCUACUGUGGGUUCUGUCAGGAGGCGUGUCCUGUGGAUGCCAUCGUGGAGGGUCCGAACUUUGAGUUUUCCACUGAAACCCACGAAGAGCUGCUCUACAACAAAGAGAAGCUGCUGAACAACGGAGAUAAAUGGGAGGCUGAGAUCGCCGCCAACAUACAAGCCGAUUACCUCUAUCGAUAGACGCGGCACGCCGCCUAUGUUCCAGGGGGAGACUUUAAAACGUGACACAUGUUGUUUCUGUACAUACUGUAAGAAUACACUCUCAGCUAUGGUCUAUGUGCUUCAGGAUGGAUUCAGGUUUGUUGAAAGGAGCUUUUGUUAACAAGAUAAGCCUUAUUAAACCAUCGACCUUUAAAUUUUAGUUUCAUUUUGUCAUCUUGAAUCUGUCUCUGUAUCAGACUACUUUACUCAGUGUGAUUUGGAGGCUCAUGAACCUGUUCCUGGGGAAUCAUGAGACGUGUCGUUCCUGCAUUUAAAUUUAGAUUGUUUUAAUGUGAUUAAUGUAAUUGCAGCAGUCAUGAUGCUCUGAAGUUCGUCAAGGUACAGUGGUAUCAAUCAGUGUUGUGGAGAAACAUCUGCUGACUGGACAGAAGGAUUCUUCAUUUCUUCACUUUCAAAAGUCAUUAUUGGAUCUAAAUGCCAAGAAAAAAUGUUGAACUUGCUGCUCGAUAGAUUUCACUAAAGGGUCUUCAAACUGUUUUCACCUUGAAGCAAAUAAACUUUGAAUAAAAACAAUAAAUGAGA